AUGCUGUUCCCCAAAUUUGCUGCUGUUUUCGCAGCUUUUGCUGUUGCUGGCACGAGCGCCCAAAAAUGCAAAUGCCCAUCGAACCCUUGCGCUACCGAUAUCGUCAUAAAUGGCGAUUUUGAUGACCCCCUAAGUGGCAAGCCGUGGACAUUUGCUCGAAUGGAAACCACCACAAUCAAACCGAGGAGUUCUCCCCAAGCAGCUUUGGCCUCAAUCCAAAACGAUCAGUUCAAACAUUCUAUUGAACAACCCAUCACCUUGACUCAAGGAAAACAAUACACGCUCCGGUAUUACUGGGCAUUGGUACAAGGCACACUUGAUCCCACCGCCAACUGCCAAAUCGUUGCCUCAGUCGACACUACAAAUACAGACAUCAACUCUCUAUUAGUUGCUGCACCGAACAAGUAUAAUGAGCGUGCAUUCACUUUUACUGCGGCCGGAACUAGCGAUCUUCAGAUCAGCGUGCAAUGUGUCGAGGCGCCCGCCACUAUCAACAUCAACAUAGACGAUGUAUCCCUCUAUCCGGCCUCUUGCUUAAUCAUCGAAGACUAA